AUGGAAGAACCGUAUGUCACCAGCUAUGGAGCUUCUACCCUGGACCAUGAUCAAUCGCAAGAAAAAGAAGCCCACAUUCAGCUGGAGAAGUCUACCGAAGAAGAAGCAGCAACUUUGGGAAACAUUGGAGGAGAUACUCUGCAAGUUGCAACUCCGCGAAAGACCUCGGAGGACGACAGUCAAACAAAUACUGCCCAAGGAUCUCUCCAGGGCAAGAAAGCAAAAGCGAACCCCUACAAAUGCGUGCAGUGUGGAGAAAGCUUUUACAAGUGGUCCCAACUGAUCAUCCACGAGAGGGGUCACAGCAGGGAGAAACUGUUCAGCUGCCCCCAGUGCGACCAGAGUUUUUCCUCCCGCCACGCGCUUCUCAGCCACGAGGCAAGCCACGUGAGCGAGAAACCGUAUCAGUGCUCAGACUGCGGGAAAACCUUCCGCGAGAAAGCCUACGUUCUUCAACACAAGAGGAUCCACACCGGGGAGAGGCCGUACACUUGCUCCGAGUGCGGGAAAAGCUUCUUCCGCAAGGGGUCCCUGAUUCUGCACGAGAGAAUCCACACAGGCGAGAAGCUGUACAAGUGCCCAGACUGCGGGAAGAGCUUCAACCGUAAGCCGCACCUUGCCGUCCAUCGGAGGAUCCACACGGGGGAAAAGCCGUACAAGUGCUCCGACUGCGGGAAGACCUUCACCGUGAAAUCGGCUCUGAAUGUGCACAUGAGAACUCACUCGGAAGAGAAGCCCUACCAGUGCCCCGACUGUGGGAAAUGUUUCCGUGAGAAAGGAACUCUCAACAUACACAAACAGAGCCACACGGCAGAGAAACCUUACCAGUGUGCCGAAUGCGGGAAAUGCUUCAGUUACACAGCUUCGUUUCGGAGGCACAAGAAAACCCACUCGGCCGGAUCGGCUCUCAAAUCCUACGAAUGCCCCGAAUGUGGGAAAAGCUUCGGCCGCAAGGAUUACUUGAUCACGCACCGGAGAAUCCACACCGGCGAGAAACCUUACAUGUGCUCCAUUUGCGGGAAGAGCUUCAAUCACGGAGCGACUCUCGUCACACAUAAGAGGACCCACACGGGGGAGAAGCCUUACGAGUGCUCUGAAUGCGAGAAGAGCUUCAAGCAGAUUUCUGGCCUUAUUACACAUCGGAGAACGCACACGGGCGAGAAACCCUACGAAUGCCCCGACUGCGGGAAACGCUUCAUCCUAAAAGCGUACCUCGAUGUGCACAAGAGGAUUCACACCGGGGAGCGGCCGUAUCAGUGCUCGCAUUGCGGGAAGGGGUUCUCCUGCUCCUCUUACCUUUUAAGGCACGAGAAAACCCACACGGGGGAACGUUCCCACACCUGCUCGGACUGUGGCCAAAGCUUCAAUUGGACCUCCGCUUUGAACAUCCACAUGAGGACCCACACCGGGGAGAAACCUUACAUGUGCUCGGAGUGUGGGAAAACGUUCAGCGGGAAAUGGAUCCUCAUCCAACACAAGCGGAUCCAUACGGGCGAGAGACCCUACAAGUGUCCCGAGUGCGGGAAGAGCUUCCACGCAAAGUCCUCGCUCUUUGCCCACAAACGGACCCACACGGGGGAGAAGCCGCACGAAUGCGCCGAGUGUGGGAAAAGCUACAGCGUGAAGGCCAACUUCGUGGCGCAUAUGAGGACCCACACGGGGGAGAAGCCCUACGAGUGCUCGGACUGCGGGAAGAGCUUCUAUAAGAAAGACCGCCUCAUGACGCACAAGAGGACCCACACGGGAGAGAAGCCGUACCAGUGCUCCGAGUGCGGGAAAGGGUUCAACUGGAAGGUGGGCCUGAUCAACCACACGAGAAUCCACACCGGCGAGAAGCCGUACUCCUGUGCCGAGUGUGGGAAGUGCUUCCAUAAAAAAGACCACCUGGCUCGCCACGAGAUCAUCCACACGGGAGAGAAGCCCUAUUCCUGCUUCGACUGUGGGAAGAGCUUUAAUCAGAAAGUUGCCCUCAUUGUGCAUAAGCGGACUCAUACGGGAGAGAAACCCUACAAAUGCUCCGAGUGCGGGAAGAGCUUCAGCUGGAAGAGAUCCCUCCUCAGCCACCGGGCAGCUCACCUGGGAAAGAAGCCCUACCACCGUAAGAUUUGCAACGUCUGUGGGAAGACUUUCAGCUACAACUCAAACCUGAAACGUCACUGGCGGACUCACACGGGGGAGAAGCCGUACGGCUGCUCGUACUGCGGGGAGCGCUUCAACCAGGCCACGAACCUCAUCCGGCAUCAGCGGAUCCACACGGGAGAAAAGCCGUACAAAUGCUCCGAUUGCGGGAAAAGCUUCAACCAGAGCCUGCAACUCAUCCGACACCGAAAAACCCGCUUCAGUUGCGACUAA